GUUCAAUCAUGAACAAAUACCGAGGCCGAGGCCGUUUUUGACCUUUUCCCGUCUCUCACUCACACUCUCUUGUAGAGGCCGUUUUUCAAUCAUCACUCUUUUGCAAACCGUUGUCUUUUUUAACAUUAUAUUUUAUUAUAUUCAAAUUCUUGAAACCUUUUUAUACUUCUUUCAAUUGAAAUGGCGUCACCGCCUAAACCUUGGGAGCGUGGUGGUUCUACUACUACACCAUCAGCAACGGCCACCGGUGUAAAUCUACCUCCAACUACCAACUCAAAUGCUGUCGCGACCUCGUCAUCAACAAGUCCUACUGGUGCUUCUUCUGCCACUGGCACUCCAGCUAUCCCUCCUCGUCCCGACUCCCUGAACUCGACCGUGAACCAGAAUGCGUCAGCGUACAGUCGCGCACCAUACAAUUCCGCAUACAGCCCCUACCAAUCUCCCUACUCUAGAUAUGGGGGCUACGGUGGCGGAAUGGGUGGCGGAAUGUAUGGUGGUUAUGGCGCGAUGGGAGGUAUGGGAACAAUGGGAGGCAUGGGGGGUUACGGCAGCAUGUAUGGGGGAGGCAUGUACGGCGGUAUGCCGGGAAUGAUGCCAAACGACCCGAACAAUCCCAACAGCUUGACUAGCAGCUUUAACAACAGCACCCAAGCUACCUUUCAAAUGCUCGAAGGAUUUGUUGGUGCCUUUGGUGGCUUUGCCCAGAUGCUGGAAAGCACAUAUAUGGCAACACAUUCAAGUUUCUUUGCCAUGGUCUCCGUGGCUGAGCAAUUCAGCAAUUUGCGCAACACUCUCGGAUCCGUUCUCGGCAUUUUCACCUUCAUGCGUUGGCUUCGUACUUUAUUUGCCAAGGUGACGGGCCGACCUCCACCUGUUGACGCGAUGGCACUCACACCCGCGUCUUUUGCUCGUUUUCAGGGACACCAAGCACCUACUGGUGCUAGCGGUCCUUCAAGCCCAUCAAAACCCAGCAGGAAACCCCUUCUCUUCUUCAUCCUCGCAGCGUUCGGUCUCCCAUAUAUCAUGAGCAGGGCAAUUCGUUCCAUCGCCGCCGCAUCCACGCAGGAAGAAGAGCGUAAACGCCUUGGGGUUGCGGGCCAGAAUGCGUCUCUUGAUCCUAGUAAACUCGAAUUUUGUCGUGUACUAUACGACUUCACCCCGGAGACUGGCAACGCUACCCAGGGCGUUGACCUUGCCGUCAAGAAGGGCGACUUCAUUGCUGUCCUCAGCAAGUGUGAUCCCCUAGGUAACCCAAGCGAGUGGUGGCGCUGCCGCGCGAGGGACGGACGACUUGGAUAUUUACCCGCAACAUUCUUGGAGGUAGCGAAAAGACCCGGACAGCCUAUCGCAGCUAUCAAGGCAGCCGAGAGCGAACCAACAUUAUUCGGUAGCUCAAGCCCCCAACCACCUGCAGUUACUGGCAAGGCGGGGGACAUUUCUGCUGAGAGUUUUCAAAAAUCGCAAUUCUAUUCAUAGGCAAAUGAAUUUGUGUCUAAAGAAUCGCUGCCAAAACUAGCAAGCCUGCAGAAUCUACCAAGGUCACGGCGUCCGAAGAAACACGGACGAUUACAUUCAAGCCUCCGCGGCCGCCCCAGUUCCUAUCCCAAUUAGUAUGGCAUAGUUCAUGCCGUGCUCAAGACAUCAGAGUCAACUUGCACAGCCUUCGUCAUCUUUCACCCCAAAACACCCAGACUUUCCUAUCAGAAAUCAUCCCUUCACUGCUUAUGCUAGCCGGGGCUAGUCUUGGCGUUUGCGGACUCUCGUGAGACAUGGAAUUUAGCAUCAUGGGGCGAGGGAAUGGGGGUUUCGCUUACGAAUACGAUCGUUGAAUGGCUGGAUAUUCUUAUAAAACCAAAGGACUAAGAU